AAAGUGUUUGGACUGGAAGGGGGUGAAAGUGUCCGGGUUGAAGGGGGUGAAAGUGUCCGGACUGGAAGGGGGGAAAGUGUCCGGACUGGAAGGGGGGAAAGUGUCCGGACUGGAAGGGGGUGAAAGUGUCCGGACUGGAAGGGGAUGAAAGUGUCCGGGGUGGAAGGGGGUGAAAGUGUCUGGGACUGGAAGGGGGAAAGUGUCCGGACUGGAAGGGGGGUGAACUGGAAGUGUUGUCCGGACUGGAAGGGGGUGAAAGUGUCCGGGGUUGAAGGGGGUGAAAGUGUCCGGACUGGAAGGGGGGAAAGUGUCCGACUGGAAGGGGGUGAAAGUGUCCGGGGUUUCUUGAAGGGGGUGAAAGUGUCCGGACUGGAAGGGGGGGAAAGUGUCCGGACUGGAAGGGGGUGAAAGUGUCCGGACUGGAAGGGGGUGAAAGUGUGGACUGGAAGGGGGUGAAAGUGUCUGGGGUUGAAGGGGGGUGAAAGUGUCCGGGGUUGAAGGGGUGAAUGUGUCCAGUUCUGCUGUGGUUAGGUUGGGGCAGAGUUGGCCG